AUGUCAUACGACAGGGCAAGUGAAUCUCGAAGCCCACCGCAGCCUCGAUCUAGGAUUAGCCGAUCCGGCUCCGUGUCCAGCAUCGCCGUUGAGGCCGCCGGGGCUAUUGACAAGCCCGAUCACAUCGCCAGGUCCCGGGCAUUCAUGGCGCAAAGCAAAAGCGAGAGCAACGUGUUUGAGCGUACAUCAUCAGGAAGGAGAUCAGAGGACUACGUCAAGAAGAUGGAGGAAAGGUCGAUGAAAGCUCUCGAGAUGAUCUCCAGCAAGGGGAUCGCAAGGACCAGCUCCACUUCCUCGCGCAGAAUGUCGACGUCUGACUCGACGUAUGGAAGCAUCGCCGAGUAUGAAUCAUGGAGCAAGUCAAGGCGCCCCUCGGCCUCGACGACUACCAUAUCCUCCUCCUCCUCCUCGUCCUCCUCGACAACCACCUUCUCGAACAAGUCGAGGUCAGGGAUCAAGCGAAGAGAUAGUCUCAAGGACAUCUCCAGAGGGUCGAUGCAUGUGAGCAGCAAGGGGUUGAUCCCCGAACACUGCCAUGCUCAGCCCAUGUACUUGAACUUGCGGCGAUGA